AUGAUGAGACGACUAAGCCAUGGGCCACCCAGUAACAGUGGUCUUAGGACUUCAGCCGGAUCGCAGUUGCAAUUACAUUCCUCACUUCAACCUAGUGAGCCACGAGUCGCUAGCUGUGACAACAGCAACGCAGGCGCUAGACCACGCCACCAGCCUUUAGAUAAAGGUGAAGGCAUCGAGACCACACUGUUUGCCCAUGUCAUCUUUGCAGCCAGGUUCAUCCAAACUGUCGUGGCGAAUGACCCCUACUCCAACGUCCCCGCCGAAAUGGCAGCGGUGCUGGACAACCUACAGAGCACGGUGAACAUUCAGAAGCAGCAGAAUGAGAACCUGGAAGGUUUACCUCCAUUCUCGAAGUCGCUUCCUUUGGGUCUUAGUUUCAGGGAUUUGCCUAUACCGUCUAUGGAUCGAAUCCUGGCAUGCUUAAGGUUCGCUCACGAGCGUUCACCCACUUCUAUAUAUUGGCCCUUCGAAUUUGGAUCUCUGGGCGAUUUCACCCAAUAUGUCAUCAAGGCCUGCUCGCCUGGACCAGUGACGGACGCGGAGCUGAUAAUUGCCCACUACGGUCUUUACUAUCUCUUCACCGAGUGCGCCAAUUCUGCUGGAGAUGAUAUCACUAAGGAGGAGUACGAGGCACAGGCACUUAUCUGCAGGGACAGCCUUGAAACGAUUCUAUCCAAUCUCUCAUUCUACGUCAGUACGAAUACAGACUCUGUUUGUGCCAUGUACAUGGCUAGUAUUUACUGCCUCCAACGUGGCAAACCCUUCGGGGCGUGGACAUUUAUUUCCAGGGCUUCACUCAUGAGUCAGGCACUUGGGUUGCAUAGUACCCACGUUAUGGCGGCAGAAAGCGCACAAGAAGGACAGCGGAAGAUACGACUGUUCUGGGCGCUCUAUGUCCUUGAGAAGGCAGUGUCCUUACGCCUCGGCAGGCCAUCCACUAUACGAGACCAUGAUAUUACCGUGCCGCGACCGCUCCUCGACCGCAAGAUGACCUCCCUAUCAUAUAACAGGUUGCCAGACUGGAUCGAUGUCGCCAGUCUCUACGGACGUGUGUAUGAUUAUGUAUAUAGCCCGAGCGCACUGGCGCAACCAGUUUCCGCUCGAGAGUCUCAGACUAGGGCCCUGGCUGCCGAACUCGAGAAAAUAAUGGCUGCGAGAGCGGAGCUCUAUAAACUACCAAGCCAGUGGACUAGCCAUGUAGUUCAUCCUGAGCAGUGCAAAUUCAUCAUACAUGCCAACCGAGCCACCGACUACUCUAUUCUGGCGUCCAUAUAUAGAGGCAUUCCGGCAAGCAAAGCUUCUAGCUUGACGCCUUGUCCAGAAUGCCUAUCAGUUGCGAGAGCGGCCCUCAAAGAGGCUGAAGUAUGCAUCGCCACGCUAGCAGACGCGACGGUGUGGUCGCCAGCCCACGACCUAUGGGUCAGUGAAGUGUGCUUGUUAGCGUCGUUCAUGCCCUUCCUAAUCCUGUUCUGCAACAUCGUCGAGACAUCCGACCCGUCUGACUUGGGUUACCUACGACGAUUAGUGGACGGCCUGCGCAAGAUGGCUCAAUCGCCUCGCUAUUCCAUCUGCAGUAAGCAAAUGCGUAUUCUGAAGGUCCUGUAUGACGUUACCACGACAUACGUCAAGGCCAGAACAAGAAGACAAUCAACGGAUACGACUGGCGGUCACUUUCCCGACUUCGACAUCAACACGUAUCCGAACGAUAAAUCCGGUACUGGUCCUAAUUCGCCCUUUCCCUCAUUAUUCACGGAACCGGAUGCGUUGUCGCUCGGAGGGGCCCAAAAGCUGGCGGCAGCUUGUCCUACUGGGACAGCGGAGGACGAAAGCCAGCAAGUCAUGAGCCAAACCUCAGGCUUCCAGGCAAGUCAUGACUUUCUGGCCAUGCAAUCACACCUACCUGGUGACUUCAUUACGGAGCUGGAUACUCCAGGCGCCCAGGUGGGAAGUUGGUUCCACCAGAGUCAUCAGCUGAUGAGGCUCCUGGAUGACAUUUAA